AUGGUGAGACGAGACUCCAUCUUCAUCGAUGGUGGAGUGCAGACUCUUCGCAGCAACGGGACAACGUGGCUCACAUUCAGCGAGUACAUAUACGAACUCGAUGUUAGCCAGUCAUGGGACGCCAACACAAACUUUACGGAGUCGAGGAUCGGUCGGUAUUCCGAAGCGGAUGCAAACCCCCCAAACAUGCUACGCGGGGCUCUCUAUGCCGCGAAUCGGGAAACGAACAGGCUCUUCACCUUCGGAGGAUCGAGCUUCCUGGCCAACACUUCAGAUCCCGACUGGCAGCCCCCAAGCCAGGACUCCACCUCUCUGUGGUCCUACGAUACCGAGAUCCGGGACUGGCAUUCGUACAACAUAAGCACCGUCCCUUGGCGCCCGAACUGGGGAUCGAUAGCCGAAGACAUUUUCCAUGACAUCGGGUUCUUUCUGAACGGAAUGUACGACCGGGGGUCCUCGUAUGGACUUUACACCAGCGUUGAAUAUGAGGGUGGCCAGGUGACGAACGAUUCCUUCAACGAGAUCCGGUAUCUGGGUGGCUUGAUCAUGAUUGAUCUGCACACGCAAGAGACGAAGAAUCUCUCCACGGCAACUCUCGGUGCUCCUCGCGUAGCGGGCGGAUUGGUUUACACGCCGACGUUUGGCAAGACUGCGAAUGGCACACUUCUGACCUUUGGUGGUAUGCGAAGCAGCGGCCAGUCAAGGGAUACCUUCACAAACGGCGCUCUGAUUGACAUCUACAUCCAUGGUGGAUAUGACCCCCAUAACUCCACGCUAUUCGACGACAUGUACGUGCUCUCCGUUCCCUCAUUCACUUGGACGAAGGUAUAUUCCGGGAAAGAAGGGCGCUACGGCCACACAUGCAAUGCUGCAGGCAAGCGGCAGAUGUUGGUUACAGGCGGAGCACGAGACGCCAGCCUAUUCGCUGUCGAAACGACAGGCGACGUGCCCAAUCUGAACCAAACCAGCUGCAAUGAAGGCAUGGGUGUCACCGUCUUCGACUUGACGAAUCUGACCUUCGGUACGUUUUUCGACUACGACGCUCCCGAGUAUCAGGUCCCACAGAAAGUGGUUGACAAGAUUGGUGGAACACCAGACGGAGGUGCCACCAUGACCGAGCCCGCAGGCGGGUUUGCGCAUCCCGCCAUUUGGACAAUGUUCCACCCCCCGCCAACUCCAACGGCCACUGAAAACGCAGGUAACGAGGGUGUCAGCGGAGGUGCAAUCGCCGGUGCGGUAGUGGGAUCAGUUGCCGGUGUAUCGCUCUUUGGCGUGGGUGCUUGGAUCCUGCUCAGAAGGCGAUCUCAAAGGCGGCGGCGCCAAUCGAUAGGAAGAAGUACCAUCUCGGAGCUUCAAGGCGCGCCGGUCGAGGUCCACGAGAAGGCGUCUAUCCCGGUGGAGCCGGUGACGGUCCAUGAGAAGGCGGCUAUGCCGGUGGAGCCAAUCAACGAGGAGCCCCAAGAACUUGAAGCGAAUCUCCCAGAGCGCCAGGAGCUGCCCUGCCCGACAAAUGAUUCCAAAGUCGAACGCAAGAGGACUCCCAGCCCGCGGCAGUCCAAGUUUGCCGAAAAUACAACGGACUAG